AUGGAGGGCAAAAAUAAACUGAAAGUGGUCAAAAUGACAUCCAGCAGCUUUCUAAGAACAAUGGAAGCUUGCAUUAGGACAGGGAUUCCUGUCUUGCUGGAAGAUGUAGGGGAAACAUUAGAUCCUGCUCUGGAGCCAAUCCUGCUGAAGCAAACAUUCAUACAAGGUGGACGUCUCCUGAUUCGACUAGGGGAUAGCGAUAUAGACUAUGACAAGAAUUUCAAAUUUUAUAUGACAACAAAGCUGUCGAAUCCACAUUACCUGCCGGAAAUCUGCAUCAAAGUCACCAUUAUAAAUUUUACUGUCACUAAAAAGGGGCUUGAGGACCAGCUGCUGAG